CUCUGAUCCUCUCUCUGCAUGAUUGGUUUCCUUUUUCCUCCAACUCUCAUGUAAGUGAACUCACACAUACAGAAAAGGACGGAGCCUUGAACUCAACACACGUCUGAGCUUCAUGUGUGAAAGUGAAAGUGGGCUGUGACGGUCACUCCACAUGGACGCCGCUCAGAUCAAUGGCCUUCCUCAGCCUUAUCACACCACCACCGCUUCCACCACCACUGCUUUGGAUGAAGCUCAGCUGGACGUCCUCGGACAGCGGGUGGAGAAGAACCCCCAGCCCCUUCUGCAGAGGCUGAAGGCCCAGUGUUGGUGUUCUGGUUCCAGGUUCAAGAACCUCCUCCUGGGUUUCAUCCCCAUCCUGUCAUGGCUGCCUCAUUAUUCCAUCAGAGAAAAUGCAGUAGGUGAUGUGGUGUCUGGGGUCAGCGUUGGGAUCAUGCAGCUGCCACAGGGUAUGGCCAAUGCGAUGCUGGUGGGAGUUCCUCCUGUGUACGGUCUCUACACUUCUCUCUAUCCUCUCCUCAUCUACUUCAUCUUCGGCACCUCCAGACAUCUCUCCAUCGGUUCCUUUGCUGUCCUGGCCAUUAUGAUCGGAUCUGUCACAGCUAAUGUGGAGUCCAGUAUCUCUGAAGCAGGAGGCAGUCAGGCAGAUGUCCAAGCAGCCAAAGUGGAUGUAGUGGUGCAACUCACCUUCCUCUGUGGCCUCAUGCAGCUGGUGCUGUAUGUGCUGCGUGGAGGCGGUGUGUGUCGCUGGCUGUCUGAUCCGGUCAUCAGAGGCUAUACCACUGCAGCAGGACUGCAUGUGAUCGCCCUGCAGCUGCCUCUGAUGACGGGGAUACCUGCUCAAAGACACCGAGGGCUGCUGGCUUCAGCUUGGACUCUGAAGGAUGUUCUGUGCGGCGUGACCGACGCUAUACCAGGAGCCCUGUCAGUCUCUGCGGUUGCCAUGGCGAUACUCAUCGGAGGCAAGAUGCUGAAUGAGCGCUUUAAGAACAAGCUGCCAGUCGCCAUACCAUGGGAACUUAUACUGAUUGUCCUGGCCACCAUCCUGUCAGUGCAGAUGGAUCUGGAAGGACAGCACCGAGUCCAGGUGGUGGGACACAUACCCAGUGGCCUGUCGUCCCCCGUCCUUCCCUCUCUGUCUCGGAUCACAGAGCUGUCAGUUCCGGCUCUGUCGGUGGCUUUGGUCGGAUUCAGCUUCCUCUCAGCUAUGGGAUCAGUGUUUGCACACAAGCAUGGGUACCGCGUGGACUCCAGUCAGGACCUGCUGGCGCUGGGCUUAUGUAACGCUGUAGGAGGGAUGUUCCAGUGUUUCGCCGUCAGCUGCUCCUUCUCUCGCAGUAUGGUGCAGGAAAGCAUCGGUGUCAAAUCACAGAUGGCAGGUUUCGUAUCCGCUCUGAUGAUUUUAACCAUUCUGUUGAAGAUCGGUCAUCUCUUCGAGCAGCUGCCAAAGGCGGUGUUGGCGGUCAUCAUUGUGGUGAACCUUCAGGGGAUUCUGGCCCAGUUUAAAGAUGUAGGUGUGCUCUGGAGGACCGACAGAUUAGACCUGCUCGUGUGGGUAACGUCACUGACUUCAACGUUGAUCUUUAACCUGGACCUCGGUCUGGCCGUGGCCGUCGUCUUCUCUUUACUCGCACUCAUCUACAGGACGCAACACUCCUCCACUGCUGUUUUGGGUCGUAUUUCCGUUACAGACUGUUACAGAGACGUGCGACUCUACUCAGAGGCGAGGCAGGUUCCUGGGGUGACUGUUCUCUCAUGUUCCAGUCCGCUUUACUUUGCCAACUCUGAUCUGGUCUUCACGGAGAUCAGAGAGACGGUGAGUCGUGGUCGGGCGCAGAGUCCAGCUGAGCUCCUCACCUCAUCCUCUCCUCUGUGCUCCACUCCGGUCCAGACUCAUAUGCACUGUUUGGUUCUGGACUUCAGCUCGGUUCUUUUCCUGGACUCUGUGGCCAUGACAGGGCUUUGUCAGGUUGUGAAAGACUUGGAAGCCCAGGGCGUCCGUGUCUUGAUGGCAGCGUGUUCAGAGAGACUUUUAUUCCAGCUCCGGACUUCCGGUGGUCUGACCAGCUCCUGUCCUUUCCCUUCAGUCCAUCAUGCCGUCCAGCACUGCGUCCACAUACUCCCAAGACCUCUGGAGGAGCUCAACUCAGAUGCAUCUGAAUGUUGAAGCCACUAAUCACCUGCUGUUCUUCCAUGUACAUUUAAGGACAGUAAAGUCAGCUUCACUCAUCAACAAGACCACAGAGAAUAAAACCCUGAGGUGACUGUUCAGGCUUUACUGGAGCACAAACACUUUAUUCUGAUGCAAACUCUUCGACACCUUUCACACUUUUAUAUCUGCACUUGCUCACUUGUAUUGCUGUACAUAAUUUGGAGAUGAUUGGAGGCCGACUGGUUUAUUGACAAUCCAGUGAUGUGAAUGUACAUAUAACAGAUAGGUAAACAAAUUGUAAAGAUUUUAAAGGUACUUAUUUAUUGUUAACUUAAAUUCAUGGCUUUAUUAACAAAGGGGUUUUUAUAUAUUAGAUUUUAUCAAGCUGAAUAUAAAAUUAUUGACUGAUUCUCUUGCUCCCGUAUAUAUACUUAAUGAGUUGGAUUGAAAUCAUUCUUUGUGUUUUGUCAUAAUAAUUCUGUAUGUUAUUAUGCUCUCCAGGGCGUUAUUACAGGUGACAAUAGUAGCAUCAUCAUGUCCCAGUGGUUGAAAAGGUGUGUGAGUUUGAGUUUCACCUGUGAUUAAACAAAGCAGAGUUCAUUCCUGGUGAGUAUACAAGCCUCUGGAAGCAGCAGUUAGUUCACAGUACAACACAAACUACCUGUGUGAAGUCACACACUGGUAGAAUGUUGUGUAAAAACAGUCUGAAUGUUUUGUAAAGAUUGUCAGUGUCUGCAGCAGACUUCUGUGAGAAAAGUACAGGAUAUAGUGACAACAGUACUAUUUAGCAGAGGAUGGUUUCGAUCCAUCGACCUCUGGGUUAUGGGCCCAGCACGCUUCCGCUGCGCCACUCUGCUGUCAGUCACCCCUCAUUAGGGAUGUACCGAUCCGAUAUUGGUGUCAGAUAUCAGCCUGCUCCAGAUGUAAAACACUGGAUCAGAUAUCGAUAAAAAAGUGCUGAUCCAUACGACCGCUCCAAAGUGCUUAUUUCAGUCAUUGCAUUACUUUGCUGAUCUGUGUUGUUAUUCACUGUGGCAGAGAUCAGUGAUUGUGGGAAACGAAAUUACCGUGUUUUCCGGACCAUAAG